GCUUUGAUCUGGUGUGCGCAUGCGCAUUGCCGACACUGCGUUGGACCCACUCAGGCCCGCAACUGUGGAAUAAGGCACAUUACACAAUAAAUCGUGCCGCUGUUUUCCAGUCUGUUUCGGUCAAAGGUCUACAUAUGAUACAUUUUGAUGAUGAGCAAUGGCGCUUUACGGUUGUGUGUGAUUUGAGCAGACCUGGCAACGCCUGUGACGUCACAGCAACGUAACCUCAACUUAAAAAUCAUGGCGGACGACGUGGAGCAGCAACCGAGCACCAACACGGUAGAGGAGCCACUCGAUCUGAUCAGACUUAGUCUAGAUGAGAGGAUCUACGUCAAGAUGAGGAACGACCGUGAGCUGCGUGGACGACUGCAUGCGUACGAUCAGCACCUGAACAUGAUCCUUGGCGACGUGGAGGAGACCGUGACCACAGUGGAGAUCGACGAGGAGACUUAUGAAGAACUCUACAAGUCCACCAAGAGGAACAUCCCCAUGCUCUUCGUCAGAGGGGAUGGUGUCGUCCUUGUAGCUCCGCCCCUCAGGGUGGGCUGACCGUAUACCACUUUUCACUUCACACAAAAGUUAUUUUUUUCCUGUUAAAAUCGGGCUGCGUUGAAAUGCUUUGUUGAAAUUGUGGGUGAUUUAUUAUAAUUUUUUUUACUACAUUUUGUAAGUGAUACGUAAUGUUUUUCUUGUCACCAUGGAAAAAAACCCUGUACCCACUUUGAGUUGUUAAUAUGCCGUGAUCAAAUAAUUUUUUUUAAGUGAAUAAAAAGAUAAAAAUAUCUUGUGUUCAUUGAAAAUUA